CAGUCCAGUCUUGCAACAACUGUUGUCGAAUUAACAAGUUGGGAAGCUAGAUCGACGUUUGUUUUUUCAUUUUUUUUUUGUGAAGCUUCGCGACUCUUGAGAAUAUCUACUUAUCAGUGCUUAAUCAUUUUAUUGGCCGUUGUUGUGUUUCAACUGCUUGACUUAUUUCUAGUAUAAUAAGAUAAUGUCGGAGACGGUGAAAUGUGAUAUCCUAUCUCACUUUGACGAUGGUCAACCGUUGGUAUUCUUCGUCAAUGGAAAAAAGGUCAUCGAAUGUCAGCCCGAUCCACAAUGUACUCUUUCGACAUACCUACGCGAAAGGCUUCGUCUCUGCGGUACCAAGGUGGGCUGUGCCGAGGGUGGAUGUGGAGCGUGCACGGUUAUGAUCUCCAGAAUUGAACGUUCCGGUGGUCGAGUACACAAUUUAGCUAUAAAUGCCUGUCUCAUGCCGGUAUGUGCCUUGCAUGGGAUGGCGAUUACGACUGUUGAAGGUAUAGGGAGUACACGCACGCGAUUGCAUCCCGUUCAGGAGCGUAUUGCGAAGGCGCAUGGUUCGCAGUGCGGUUUCUGUACGCCUGGAAUGGUCAUGACCAUGUACGCACUGCUGCGGAAUUCUCCGGUGCCAUCGAUGAAGCAGCUGGACGUGGCUUUGCAAGGGAACCUGUGCCGAUGUACCGGCUACAGGCCUAUCAUCGAAGGGUACAAGACCUUUACUAAAGAAUUUGGUACAGUUCAGAAUGGAACAUGCGCCAUGGGUGACAAGUGCUGCAAGAACAAAUUGACGAACGGCGAAGCAUGUAAGCAGGAAUUUGUAAAUGAACUCUUUGAAUCCAGCGAGUUUAAGCCAUAUGAUCCGUCCCAAGAGCCGAUAUUUCCUCCUGAAUUGAAGUUGUUCUCGUCAUUGGACGAAAAAUCACUGGUUUUUCGAUCCUCGAAUGUAACUUGGUAUCGACCGGUUAAACUGGACCACUUGCUAGCGCUUAAAAAGCUUUACCCUGAAGCUAAAAUAGUGGUCGGUAACACGGAGAUUGGCAUUGAAACCAAGUUCAAAUACAUGGAGUAUCCAGUAUUGAUUUCUCCGACUCAUAUCGAAGAACUAAACUCUAUCGAGAAGACCGACCGAGGACUGAGAGUGGGAGCAUCCGUAUCGCUCACAGAGUUGGAGCGUGUUUUGAGCGAAGAGAUCGCAUCGAAUGCCGAGCAUGAAACUCGACUGUACCGAGCGAUAGUGGACAUGCUGCAAUGGUUCGCCGGGGCACAGAUCAGGAACGUGGCAUCCGUGGGAGGAAACAUCAUGACCGGUAGUCCGAUUUCGGACUUGAAUCCUAUUUUCAACGCAGCUGGAAUUGAGUGAGUAUUCUUUUAUUUAUUUU